AGCCUUCCGGGACGCAUUACUAGGGCGACGGCCGGACGCCUCCGCGCUUCUGGAUGAAUUAACGGCGGGUUCCGCUCGGAGGUUGUGACCCUUACGGAGUCCCAGCUUCCCCACGCACCCCACUCGGCGUCGCGCGGCGUGCCCUGCUUGUCACAGGCUGAAAUACAGAGUGGGUACUCUCUUCUAGGAAGCUGGCAACAAAUGGAUGAUGUGAUAUGUGCAUUCCAGGGGAAAGUAAAUUGUGAUACUUCUGAACCCAUGGUCAGUUAAUGAGACAGUUUCUAGCUACUGAACGUACUUUAAAAAGCAGGACUCUAAAAGCUUUGGCCACUCCACAUCACUUGCAUUAUCGCCUGAAUUCCACCUCCGCUCAGAUUCGUCACCACUGCAUUCGAUUCUUACAGGAAUGCAGACCCUGUAACUGUGCAUGCAGGGGAUCUAGGUUGCAUGCUCCUUAGGAGAAUAUAAUGCCUGAUGAUCUGUCACUGUCUCAUAUCCUCCACUCCUCCAGAUAGGACCAUCUAGUUGCAGGAAAACAAGCUCAGGACGCCCGUCGAUUCUACCAUUAUGAAUCAUGGUGUCAUGGAAAGGGAUUUACUUUAUACUGACUCUGUUUUGGGGAAGCUUUUUUGGAAGCAUUUUCAUGCUGGGUCCCUUUUUACCUUUGAUGUUUGUAAACCCGUCUUGGUAUCGCUGGAUCAACAACCGCCUUGUGGCAACAUGGCUCACCCUACCUGUGGCAUUAUUGGAGACCAUGUUUGGUGUAAAAGUGAUUAUAACUGGCGAUGCAUUUGUUCCUGGAGAAAGAAGUGUCAUUAUAAUGAACCAUCGGACAAGAAUGGACUGGAUGUUCCUGUGGAAUUGUCUGAUGAGAUAUAGCUACCUCAGAUUGGAGAAAAUUUGCCUCAAAGCCAGUCUCAAAAGUGUUCCUGGAUUUGGUUGGGCCAUGCAGGCUGCUGCCUAUAUCUUCAUUCAUAGGAAAUGGAAGGAUGACAAGAGCCAUUUUGAAGACAUGAUUGAUUACUUUUGUGAUAUUCACGAACCACUUCAACUCCUCAUAUUCCCAGAAGGGACUGAUCUCACAGAAAACAGCAAGGCUCGAAGUAAUGCAUUUGCUGAAAAGAAUGGACUUCAGAAAUAUGAAUAUGUUUUACAUCCAAGAACUACAGGCUUUACUUUCGUGGUAGACCAUCUAAGAGAAGGUAAGAACCUUGAUGCUAUACAUGAUAUCACUGUGGCAUAUCCUCACAACAUUCCUCAAUCAGAGAAGCACCUCCUCCAAGGAGACUUUCCCAGGGAAAUCCACUUUCACGUCCACCGGUAUCCAAUAGACACCCUCCCCACAUCCAAGGAGGACCUUCAACUGUGGUGCCACAAACGGUGGGAAGAGAAAGAAGAGAGGCUGCGUUCCUUCUAUCAAGGGGAGAAGAAUUUUUAUUUUACCGGACAGAGUGUCAUUCCACCUUGCAAGUCUGAACUCAGGGUCUUUGUGGUCAAAUUGCUCUCUAUACUGUAUUGGACCCUGUUCAGCCCUGCAAUGUGCCUACUCAUAUAUUUGUACGGUCUUGUUCGGUGGUAUUUUAUAAUCACCAUUGUAAUCUUUGUGCUGCAAGAGAGAAUAUUUGGUGGACUGGAGAUCAUAGAACUUGCAUGUUACCGACUUUUACACAAACAGCCACAUUUAAAUUCAAAGAAAAAUGAGUAAGAUUAUAAGGUUUACCUUGUAAAAACCUAGGGCAUAUUUUGGAAAUGUUCUAAACCUUUGUAAGCUCAGAUGCAUUUUUGCAUGACUAUGUCGAAUAUUUCUUACUGCCAUCAUUAUUUGUUAAAGAUAUUUUGCACUUAGUUUUGUGGGAAAAAUAUUGCUACAAUUUUUUUUUUAAUCUCUGAAUGUAAUUUCGAUACUGUGUACAUAGCAGGGAGUGAUCGGGGUGAAAUAACUUGGGCCAGAAUAUUAUUAAACAACCAUCAGGCUUUUAGCAGACAAGGAACACACACAUUUUUCUUAAAGGCCCAAUCCUAACAGACUCCCCAUACCAGAGGCAGAUCUGGAACUCGUCAACAAUGGCCCGGAUCACAUGCUGUUACUGGACUGCCCAGGUCACCUCACUGAGGUGAGCGCUGUUCCUCCAGGUACUAAGGCAGGUGGUGCCCAGGCUCCCUCCCUUGGCACACUUCUUCCUGCGCCAAACCCAUCUCAUCCUUAAGAUCAGAAAACGGAACCCCCUUGUCGUGAAACUGAUCGAGCGUUUUGACAGGAAGCCCUUCAUUAUUCAUAACAUCGUGUGCUGACCAAGAUGUCAGAAAACCACCUGUGCCCUUUUCUCUCAUGGAAGCUAAAACCUGGACUCAGGGAGCAACCACAGGCUCUCCACUUUGAAACUUUAGUUUGAAUUUUAAAAGAUAGAAAGUAAUACAGUUUAAGUUCCUUUCUCACACUCAGUGUUGCAUGCUUAGUGCUAGUUUCCUUACAACAUUUUGGCAGGUGUAGCUUUUUUUGUUAAAAAUGGUAUACAUGAAGUCACAUAUUUUUUUAAAGGAACACUUAGAACAUUCUGUUACUCCAGUCAGAAACCGUCUUUUGAAAUAUUUCUUUACAACCUACCAAAAAAGGAGAAGGUGGUUUUUUCUACAUUUGUGUGGGUAUCUAACAUCUACCAUUAAAACAACAAAUGGCUUGCAGACAGGGCGGUAAUGGUUUAUCCUAAAUUAUUCAACCCCUUGUAGCCUUGACAAAUUUUACCUUAAAACCAAAAUGAAAACACAAAAAUUAAUCCUUUAUAAUGAUAGCAAGUGACCUUUCUUUUUAGUUUUAGCCUUCCUUUUUCAAUAGUAAUAUUUAAACCCCCUUUUGACCAGUUGUUGCCCAAAUAUUCUUGUCAUUUGGAGUCAGUGGAAAAUCCAGCACACCAAGCACCAGUCUCCUUCUGAGGCAAAAGAAAAGUGUUGUUGUCAUUUUCACUCUGUUGGAGCUGCACACUUUUUGUUUAUUUUGUUUUUUUUGUUUUUUUUGUUUUUUGUCAUGUAAGAGGGAUGCUGGUCAGAGCUGCAGAAAAUAUGAGGCAAUUAAAAGUCUUUAGCUGUUAGCAAACCUGUCAGUUUUACUUCUGCACUGAACCAGCCUCAGAAACUACUUACUGCUUUAUGUACUCUUUGGGCAUGAAUGCCUUCUCUUUAAUUACAUCUCAUUUUUGCUUGACAGUGACCUACCCAAUAAUUGCAUCAUGCAUUGCCAUGAAAGGUAAACACAUUGUGAACUGAACUUGCCAAGCAGAUUCUGUGAGAAAGCACUGGUCUAGGCUGAACACUGUUGGACACAUCGUUUUUAUUGGAAGAGUAUUAACUGGUGCCUCUUCUGAAACACACCAACCCAUAUUCCGCAGCUCCCCCAAAGCUGUUUCUGAUCCUGCUGGGAGCAGCUAGUUAUUAUGCACAUCUGCUCCAGACCCAGCUCUUUAACUUCAUGGUUUUAUGGCUUGUUUUCUUUUUUUUUUUUAAAAAGCACCUUUUUUGGUUGUUUCCCCUUAAUAAAAGAGGUUUCUAAUUCAUGUUUCUCUAAGAUUUCCUUUGGUUGUAUUUAGGAACACAAGUAGUUUUAUAAUCAGGAUUGCAUUUGUGCUGGGUAAGAGGAGAGCUGUGCUUUCUACCCCAAAGUUGGUAAUGGAGCCUGUCUGCCCUUCCUACAAACUCAAGAGGCUCAUUGUUCAAGGUGUAACAACAUUUCAUUGCAUGCCCUCUAAUGCUUUGAAACCUUUAGAAGGGAAAAUCUCGUUUUUUACAAUUUUGUUCCUUUUCAUCAUAGAAAACAUGUUUAAGAUAAAAUACAAACUUGACCUACCCCAAAUUCAUAAAGUACAUUUAAUGCUGUAUAGCACUAAAACUUAGGGAUAUAGACACUGUACUUGCUUUUUAAGAAUUAGAAAUAGUAACUCCAAAAAUAAUUGUCCUUUUUUCUUUUUUUUUUUUUUUUUUGCAAUAAGGCUCUUGAAAAUUGUCAUUAUUUGUGUUUUCCUAUACAUUCAUCUGUGUGAAAGUCUUUUUCUUCUUUGAUUUAAAAAAAUUAAAGAACUAUACAGUUAAUGGUUUAGAACUUAGAACUACUUAGAAUUAAUACUAAAGUGUCAGGAAGAAAUUAAUUUAGCUUCAAUAAUUGUGACUGGCCUCAGGAAUUCUCCCUUCCACACCUGCCCACCUCACCACACCAGAGCCAGAGCAGCUGCUUGUCUGCAGCAGGACAAGUUCCUAUGUACGCACUUCCAGUUCUUUCAUGGUAAGCUCAAUGGACUUUGAAUUGUUUACAGUGCUAUAUGUCCAAUUGUUAAAUGUACCAUUCUGAACGGUGUGAAGGCAAGUGUGGUUUAUUUAUGACAUGAACCAUGCUACUUAAAAUAUGAACUCACAAGGAAGGGCACUCAUUAGGUAACAAGUUCUUAUACCAAACUUCCUUGAUGAAAUAAGCCAAAAUAAUCCUAAAAUUCAUUAGAAGAACUUGAUAAAAGAUGCAAAUAAAUGUUAAAAAAGAGCUCGUAAAUUUAGGACUCCUAUAAAAUCCUUGUUUGUUAAUACUAUUAAAACUCAGAUUCAAGGGAAAUAACAGCUUCCGCCUGAGUCACUUUGAAAUUACUUAAUUCAGCUGCACCAUGUUAGAAAUCAUAUAUUGGCAGCCAAGACUCUGAACUCUGCAGAAACAUUUGUUUCACCCAGACUUCAGACUCUAGCCCUGACUAUGAUGCCCGUGUGUGCAUUUACAAUGAAGACUCCAACGGAGGGAGCCUGUUGGUGUUCAAUUGUUUACAUUUCUUUAUACAAAUAAUGUGCUUUCAGUGCCUUAGUUACAGCUCCCUUUCUUUUUCUUGUUCCAAGGAUUCUGUAGUAUGUAGUCUGUUUCUUAGGUAAAGUCUCUCUUUGCUACUGAAAGGGAAAUGGUCUCUAAACACUGGUCACUGUAGCAGGUAAACACUACUCUGAGGUGGAGAAGUGAGCUUCAUGCUGAGGUAGUGGUUGCCUUAGAGCUGUUAUUUAUGCUGUAGAAAACGAAAAUGGUUUUGCUACCUGAUAAGCUUCAGAUUAGUUAUAGCCCUAAAGUUAUCCUGUACCUACAUUAAAUUUUCAUUUCAGAAGAGAAUCUUGGUUGUGGUAAUUCUUUUUUUUUUUAAGAUCAUUAUGUGCAAAACACCAAGUUUUUAAAAUAACUCACAGAAAGGCCUUAGUUUUCAAUGUCUGAUGGUGUAUUUGAGUUGUGUUAUCUGUAAUAUACAUCCCAGAAUAAAGGAGUGAAUUAAAUAGUUU